UAUCAGUUACACGGGUUAAAAAAAUCUCUUCCUGUUAGAGUGUUUGCUCUCUUACUGAGUGGUUUGGUCAUGUUUCGCAAUGUUUUUAAUAAGCUGGUGACAGAAACAGUUCAUGUUCACCGCUAUGUAAAACACGCGCCUUUAAUUCAGCAGGUAACACCCUCGUCUGUGUUUGUUCGGAGUUUUACCGAUGUGAAGGACGACGUGCAACAGCCUUUCGACACCUCACUUCUUGAAUUCCUUGUAUGUCCGCUGUCGAAGAGACCUCUAAGAUAUGAGGCUAAGACCAAUGAGUUGAUCAAUGAGGAGCUUGGUAUCGCCUAUCCCAUCACUGACGGCAUCCCCAACAUGAUCCCUCAGGAAGCCAGAGUCAUCCAGAAAGACAAAGACACCUUGACCACACCAACACAAGAAUAGAAG